AUGCCUCAGAACGAGUACAUUGAGCGGUGGCAGAAGCAGCACGGCAAACGCCUAGACCACGAUGAACGAGUGCGAAAACGAGAAGCCCGCGAGGGCCACGCACAGUCCGACGCCGCCCAAAACCUGCGCGGCCUGCGUGCCAAACUACACCAGAAGAAGCGCCAUGCUGAGAAGAUCCAGAUGAAGAAAGCCAUCAAGGCACAAGAGGAGCGCAAUGUGAAAUCCGCUGCACCGUCGGAGCCGUCUUCGCAACCACUGCCCAACUACCUGCUGGACCGAUCACAAGCCAACAAUGCCAAAGCGCUGUCGAGCGCGAUCAAGAACAAGCGGGCGGAGAAGGCUGCUAAGUUCUCUGUGCCGCUGCCCAAGGUGAAGGGGAUUAGUGAGGAGGAGAUGUUCAAGGUGGUCAAGACGGGGAAGAAGACGGCGAAGAAGAGCUGGAAGCGGAUGAUCACACAGCCUACGUUCGUUGGGCCGGAUUUUACGAGGCGGCCGGUCAAGUAUGAGCGGUUUAUCCGGCCGAUGGGGUUGAGGUAUAAGAAGGCGAACGUCACGCAUCCGGAGUUGGGCGUGACGGUACAGUUGCCGAUUAUUUCGGUGAAGAAGAACCCGCAGAACCCGCUGUAUACUCAGCUUGGGGUGUUGAGUAAGGGAACUGUGGUUGAGGUUAAUGUUAGUGAGCUUGGGAUUACGACGGCGGGAGGGAAGGUUGUUUGGGGCAAGUAUGCGCAGGUCACGAACGAUCCUAGUCGGGAUGGAUGCCUCAAUGCUGUUUUGUUGGUGUGA